CAGUAUCGACUCUACAGGCGCCAUCGGGCCUUCUCCCUCUCGUCCGUCUCUGGCGCCCCAGAGCUCCAUCAUGGACGAGGACAAGCCGCGCCACUACCCGCUCUCGGCGCGCUCCAACGCCGUGUACAACAACUUGAACCUGUCGGCGCGCUCGCGGCACGUCAUUCAGCCAACUAGCAGCUUGGGGAGCCGCUUCCCGGCCUCGGAGCGCUCCAGACAGAUGAACCUCAGCCAAGUGUCCACGGUCUCCGCCGGGGGCUUCGACGAGAUGAGCCGCGCGUCCCGCUACUCGACGGCGUCCUCGGCCUCCUCCGCCUACUCGACAACGUCGUCGGCCGCCUCGUCCUACGGCGGGGGCGACCGCUGGGCCCCGCAGCACGCCUCCAACUCGUGCAACCUGUGCCACGAGAAGUUCUCGCUGCUGCGCCGCUCGCACCGCUGCAGACGCUGCGGCUACUUGUUCUGCGCCAGGUGCUCCAGGUACAAGGCCGCGCUCACGGGCCACACGCACAAGUCCAGGCUCUGCGAGACGUGCUUCCCCAAGGUCCUGUCCGGCAGCAAGCCCCCCAUGAACGCCUUCGUGCACUCCAAGGCCUGGGUGCCGCGCGGCGUCUUCACUCACAUGCUGAGCUACCUGAACCACGUGGAUCUGUGUCUGGCGUCCAUGACGUGCCGAUUCUGGUACAAGAGAGCGCUGCUGGACAUCACGUGGCGUCCGCUGUACAUCAAGGAGUUCGGCGACGACGAGAGCAGUCCGCAGCGCGAGUCCCUCGUGGCCUUCCAGCGCGACGUACACGGCAUUGGCUUCGAGAACUUGUCGUGGUAUAACAAGUUCGCCAUCCGCUGGUCCGCGCGCAAGGCCGCAGAGAAGAAGAAGAGCUUCCUGGUUAUGUCCAGUCUGCUGGCGUCGCUCAAGCUCAGCAAGUACGCAGCGCUGUUCGAGGCCGAGGAGAUUGAUAUCGAGUCGCUCUGUCUCAUGAACGCCGGCCACCUGCGCGAUCUUGGAAUCCCGUUCGGUCCCCGCAUGAAGCUGCUGAACGCUGCAGCUUGUCUCGCCGACUUUAACGAGGAUGAUGAUGACGAGCGUCCGUCCAUGGAGUCGAAGCCUAUCACGCCAGUCGCUCGCUUUAAACAGAAGCGCGCGGAGAUGAAGCACUUCCGUGCUGGACUGGUGCGUCGCGUACAGCAGUCAGCCGUUCGCAUCGCCAUUUUGACGAACGAGGGAGAGCUCUGCAAUGUUGGAUCUGGUAUUAUCAUUCACGAAGAUGGACUUAUUGCCACAGCGCGCCACUGCCUGCAGGGCGAACAGUUUGACUGCAUCUACAGUGACGAGUAUAUGAUCCUGGUAGCCCCCACCGAGUCUACGUCGUUGCCGCCGCUGUGGAAGUAUCAUGCGCGUGUUAUCCCCGAGUGCUGCAAUGAAGAGCUGGACUACGCACUACUGCGCGUGGAGUGUGAGGUGAUUUCGGACCCGCCUAGUGGACUGUACAUUGGCGACGUGACGGACCGCAUGAUCGCGCGCAACUGGACGGUGACAAAACUGGAAGGCACCUCUCGAGAAACUAUCGGCAAGCUCCCGGCCGUGCGUAUCGGUAACUCGAACAACGUGGAGCCAGGAGACGAGAUGUGGAUGUUUGGCUACCCUAGCAGCGGUCACAACACCAUCACCGUGCAUCACGCUAUCUGCUCCGGCACAGACUCUCAAGUGUACGAGGGCGAGGAAGUGGACAAGGCGAUGCUCCGCACGGCGGCGCAGCUGGACAACGGCUUCAGCGGCGGCGCGGCCGUGGACAAGAAGGGUCAGCUCGUGGGCCUGAUCUCCUUCAGCGUGCUGCGCCAGGACCGCGUGCGCGCCAUCAACAUGGUCAAGGGAGCCAUCGAGUACGCCAAGCGCGAGUACAACUUCUCAUGAGGAGGUGCAGCGGUGAGCUGAGUGCGCAGGCCACCUCACUCACCCCCAAGUAGUAAAAAAAGCAGCAACAGUCGAACGCGAAGACUGCCGUCGUAGUUGUCGUCGCAGAGCGUGAGUGGUGUCGUAGUAUUUCAAGGUGGAAGGUGGGUAGUUUUUUAAUUGAGAAAUAAGUUGAAGCUAGCAGCGAUCUCCACGGCUAGCAACAAGAUACUCUUCAUGGUCAAGUCAAGUUGCAGUGGUAAUACCAGUGUACCCAUCUCCCCGCUUAGAUACGACUAGGGAGGAGGCUGUGUCCACCACACCAUUUGCCAAAAAGCGUCGUAGGUAGGAGGCUCUACCUGCGUGUGUGCUACCUAUCCUCCUUCACUUCACUUCACCUCUAGCCGAACACCGCGCAAAGAUGGAGGAGAAGGGCUCGGAGCCGGUGGGCGUGACGCUCUACCCGGCGGACUACGAGGCUGUGGAGAUGGUCACGGACCAGGGCAAGGAGACCCUGCAGCAGGACUUCACCGAGGCGCAGCUGUUCCUGCACUCGAUCCAGGAGCUGGAGCGCGUCCGCACUGAGCGCAAGAAGAAGAAGCAGAAGACGGAGGAGCCUGAGCCCAAUGGCGUCAAGACGGAGGAGGGAGCGGACGAGUCCAUGGAGGCUGCUGAAGCGGUGGAGAAGCUGGAGGAGGCUGUGCAGGGCGCAGAAGAGGAGGAGGAGGACGUCAUUGACCCCAGAAUCCACUACCGCCCCAUGGUGGCGGAGCUGCAGGCGGCCGUGGCGGAGCUGCACCAGCUGAUC